AUGUGGGAGACUCGACACAACACCCUUGCAAGUCUUCAGGCCGAUAUGACUCUUGAACCCCAGGCAGCACCGGAAUACCUAGUGUGGUAUCAAAAUCGCACUGUCACUUUGGUCACCAAUCCAUCAGAAUAUCGUCAGCCCCAGUUACGUUUUCAGGGAUCUACUGAGUCACUACAUAUAAUGGCUGAUAGUGAGAACCCAAGCCAGGAUUUUGUUUCGGCUGACCCAACCCAGGAGUAUAUCCCACCUAGGCCUCCCAGGACUGAUCGAGGCGGGUUUCAGUUAGGGAGUGCGAGGAUGAGAAAAUCGGUGGCCACCAAGGAUACUGUCGAGCCAUCUUCUACCCCGCAUGUGUCUCCUUACCGUCCAGCAUCGCCACACCACCAUCCCUCUCCUCCUUUUGAGCAAAUGCAUUUUGAUUCAGAUUUUAUUAAUCUAGAUCCUAAUGCGGGGGGUUUCUUUCAGACUAGUUACGAGGAUGGUCAUCACAGUCAGCAUCUAGGUGGUGACCAUAUCCAUAAUGAUCAGGAGGAUGAUCAGGAUCAGGAGGAUAAUCGGGAUUAG